AGGAAGUUGAACGUCCAGUUUGCUUAGUGAGCAAUGACUGAAUCAUUAGUUAGCGUACGUGCAAUCAGCAACGCCUGUCUCUGACUUUCAGGAUCAGUUCACUUCAUAUACAGAACCUAGACAACUAACAGAAAAGAUCGAUUUUGGGCACUGUUACAUAGGAGACGUCUUCAAUAGAGGCUUCCUUUAGUGUUUUGCCAAACCUAACGACUAAAGCAAAACACCGCGACAAUGGGCUUUGUUUUUAAAGUGUUUGUUGUGUUAAAUUUGCUUCCGUUUCUCAGUUGCGAGUUUCAGGCUGGUAAUUCGUGCAAACUCAACGAUGUUUGUCGUAUGACAGAUUACCUGGACGACUGUUUGUGUGACACGAAGACUAUAGAUUCAUUCAACAACGACAAACUUUUUCCUGUACUACAUCAGUUACUACAGACUGAUUACUUCAGGUUUUAUAAGGUGAAUCUGAAUAAACCUUGCCCGUUUUGGGCAGAGAAGAACCGCUGUGGGAUGAGGAACUGUGCCGUGAAACCAUGUAAGCCUAAUGAAGUGCCAGAAUGGAUCAGAGAAAACCCACAGCACUCCGAUGAAGCAAAUGAUGGCCUACACAAAUGUGAAGAUGAUGAAAAACUUGGAGAUGUGGACAGUUCAAUUAGCGAGAAGACUCGCCAGGCUAUAUUGGAGUGGAAAAGAUAUGAUGACAAGGAAGACUAUUUUUGCAUGUUGGAUGACGAGGAUUUACCUGAUUCACAAUAUGUGGAUUUGCUGUUAAACCCUGAACGUUUCACUGGAUACAAAGGUGCAAAGGCAUGGAAGAUCUGGAAUAGCAUCUAUGAGGAAAAUUGCUUCAAACCCUAUACUGUGAAACGGCCAUUAAGUCCAAUGACAGCAUACGCAAGAGAAAAUGAUGGAAAAGAGUUUUAUAGGUGGCUUGAAGGAUUGUGUGUGGAGAAGAGAGCAUUUUACCGCCUCAUCUCAGGCCUUCACACCAGUAUCAAUGUCCACUUAUGUGCCAGAUACUUGUUGGCUGAUAACUGGUUUGAGAAGAAGUGGGGCCACAAUCUUUCAGAAUUUCAGCAACGAUUUGAUGAAGAUUUAACCAAAGGAGAGGGCCCAAAACGCCUGCGCAAUCUCUAUUUCAUCUAUCUAAUUGAAUUGCGAGCCUUGUCUAAAGUCCUGCCGUUCUUUGAACAGCCUUCUGUCCAGUUGUACACUGGCCAACUUGAACAAGAUAAACAAAUCAAAAAAAUGCUGCUUGAGCUGCUUAGACUUGCUAAGUCCUUUCCAUUGCAUUUUGAUGAGGGGGCACUAUUUACCGGUGAUAAGGAUGAAGCUGCCCAGCUAAAGGAAGAUUUUAAGAGGAAGUUUCGGAACAUAACCAGGAUCAUGGACUGUGUGGACUGCUUAAAGUGCAGGCUGUGGGGGAAGCUGCAGACACAAGGGCUUGGUACCGCACUAAAGAUUCUCUUCUCUGAGCACCAAAUAGAGGCUUUGCCAAAACCAGACAGCUCAAAGACAAAUUUUCAGCUAACUCGCCAUGAAAUCAUUUCGCUCUUUAAUGCUUUUGGAAGGAUCUCUACCAGCAUCAGAGAACUUGAGAAUUUCAGGUCAAUUUUAAGGAACAUCUCUUUAAAUAAAGCCAUCACUUUUUCAACUGAAGGCAUAGAAUAGAAUCUGCAGUCCCCAUGAAGAAAGCUUCAUAUUGUAUAUGAAUACUUUAUACUAAACUGGUGCCAGCAUCUGAAGAAAUACAAAAUGAUAGACUGAGAAAUAAAUUUAUAUGGUAUUUAAA